AUGGAAAUGUAUUUUUCUGUGACCAGACCACUGACUUACCGGGCCAAACGAACAACCAAGCGGGCCAUGACCAUGAUUGGAUUAGCCUGGUCUAUCUCUUUUAUUCUGUGGGCCCCAGCCAUUCUGUUCUGGCAGUACAUCGUGGGCGAGCGGACAGUACAGCCAAACGAGUGCUAUAUUCAGUUCUUGUCUGAGCCUAUAAUUACAUUUUGUACAGCUAUUGCUGCCUUCUACUUGCCAGUAACUAUUAUGGCAAUCCUGUUCUGGAAGAUAUAUCAGGAGACAGAGAAGCGAGCUAAAGAUGUACAGGGUCUCAAGGGAUCUGGGUCAGGGAACAACCCAAAUCAGGCUCCACAUGAAAGCGGUAGUAGUGGAAAAAAAGGUACAGAAAGUGCACCCAACAACCAGAAUAUCUCAGCAGCUAUGCUGCACCAGGUGAGGUCCCAAAAAUACAGCAGCUAUGGACUAAAUUAUUUGUCUUCUGAGAAGAACAACGCAAGCCUACCAGGAGGCAUAGAAAGUAGAGGGAAAUGCAGCAUGUUCUGCUUUGAGAUUUCAUCUCUUCUGCCAGUUCACCAUGCAUCCAAGAGAUUAAAUGCCACAUCACCAGCAGCAGAACAGAGUAGCUGUGACAGCUUUAACAAUAACGAGGCCUGGGAUUCAGAAGACCAGUCAGAUGGUAAGAAGUCUAGAAAGGGGAAGGAAAACAAGGAAAAAUAUCCCCUGUCUACAAACAUAAGUCCAAGAGGAUCAAAUGCAGCAACCUCCUGUUCUGCUGACCCGUCACCUACAGCUAUCACCAUGAAAGACGCUGCAGUGGCCAAACGCUUUGCCUCCAAGGCCAAGACAGAGAUCAGCAAGCGCAAGAACGAAAAAAAGGCAAAUGAGAAAAAAGCUGCAAGGACACUUAGCGCCAUUCUGUUUGCCUUCAUUACAACAUGGUUACCAUAUAAUAUCAUGGUUUUGGUCAAUACUUUUUGUCAGGACUGUAUCCCUGAAACUCUCUGGGCUCUGGGCUACUGGUUGUGUUAUGUUAACAGCACAGUCAACCCCAUGUGCUAUGCCUUAUGCAACAAGACCUUCAGGACAACCUUUAGAGAUAUUUUAAUGUGUCAGUGGAAUCAAAGAAAGAACAAGCCUCAUUUCUAUCAGAGACAGGCUGUGGUAUUCCAUAAGAAAGACCCCAUGUAG